UUGUGUAGCACAAGAAUCUCAAAUAAAUUAGGUGCCGCAAACUCUCUAGCAACACAUAUCGUGGUCCAUGGGGGAAUGUCUCUUGCAGCAAUGGAUGCAUUUAUAGCGAGUACGUCUCAUACUUUUGUGAUUCAGCUUGUAACUGCAGAUAAUUACUAAACAUCUAUCUAUAAAGCUCAAAAUAAAAUAGCAAGUGCGGGGGAAAAAAAAAAGAGAGUAAAAACCCAAAACAGUCUUUGGACUCUGUAACAGAAUCGAGAACCCUCCCAAGAUUCACUUCCUUCCCCUAUAUAAACCCCAAAUCAUAACCGCUUUUUUUUUCUUGCUUCAUCUUCCGUUUUUACUAUCUCUCUCUCUUCGAGCUCAAGAAUCACAAACGAUGGCGAACAACUCAAGUGCUUCUUGUUUCAGAGCAAUCUUUCUCGGAGCCCUCAUCAUCAUCCUCCUCUGUCUUCCUCAACCAUCCGCCGGCGUUCCAUUGGAAGAGUUAGAAAGAGCCAUCGCCGUCCUCCGCGUCAGAGGCCGUGCUCUUUUCGCCAACGCAAUCAUCACCUCCGAUCUUCUCUUCGAUCUACUCUCCGACGAGUCCCUCACUCUCUUCGCUCCCACCGAUUCAAUGCUCUUCGCUCUCGACAUGACUCAUUCGCUUCCCUUUUACGUUUCUACUCUCCGCCUCCACUCCGUACCGCUCCGCCUCCCACUCUCCGAGCUCCGAUCUCUUCCCAACGCCUCCUCUCUCCCGACGCUUCUCCCGUCUCACCGCCUCCUUCUCACUAAGCCUUCUUCCUCCAACGACUCGAUUUUUCUCGACGGUGUUCAACUUCUCCUCCCUGGUUUGUUCGUUGGUCAACAUAUCGCCGUCCAUGGUCUCGCGACUCUUCUUCCCUUGACUCCACCGUCGUCUCCCAACCGACUCGUGGAGGAUUCGGCGGCAGAGUCACCGUGGAUUCUAGGUUCAAGAUUUUCGCCGGCACCAGAGCCUUACUUCGCCUUUAUGGGUCUUUCACCGGUAGAGUCGCCGAGCUUUGAGCAAGUUCCACCAUCGCCGUCGUGGGGAGAAGAUUUCAUCGUAGGCGAUGAAGGAGGUCCGUUAGAUGCGGCGAAUAACGGCUUUUGAUGUACACGUGUCGUAAUCUCUGUAAAAACACGCUUACACGUGCGAGGAGGCUUGUAAAGUCAAAAAGAGUCCUUUUCUUUUCUUUUAUUUGGGUCAAAUAGAGUCCUUGAAAUGUGAAUUGUAUCUUUUUUAUUUUGAAAUCUGAAUCCUGGUUUAGUGGUUUUGUUUGGCUUUGUUUGAAAUGUGAAUUGUAUCUUUUUGAUUCUGAAAUCUGAAUCCGGGUUUUGCUUGGUUUGUUUAAAAUGUGACUUGUAUCUUUUUGAU